AUGAAAGAAGAGGGAGGCCACACAGCUGCCUCCCCGUCUGCAGCUGCCUCCAGCAGCCCCACUGCGAGUCAAGAGAAUGACCAGGCCCAGGCCAACGCGGCAGCCGCUCCUCUUGGCGCCACAUCCACAAAGCCCCAUAAUGGCGUACAUGCACGACAAUACGCAGCGGGCUGCGGCAGGCGCAGGGGAGGGGGGAGCGGGGUUAGGGGCCCGGUCUUCAAGGGCCGCAGCAAGCACAAGUCAGCCCAAGGCAUGGGCAACGGAGCCUCUGGCAAUGCUGCCUGCAGCAAAUUCAUAUCGCCAGAGGCCGUCCUCAGUGCUGCUCAGCUGGUGAAAGACUCUCUUCCCCAGCUUUCGCCUGAGCUCCUCUCAAGUUUGAAGGCGAGGGGCCUAGAACCGUGUACACUUAAGGAGGUGCGGGACGAACGGGCGGAGUCGGAACAUGCACGGUUGCUGGAGGCUUUUCAGCGGCAGUGCGAAGGAUGGGGAAACAACAGAGAAGGUUGGGUGCACAGCAAGUGGCACAGUGUUAUUGUCUGCCCUGAUUUUAAACGUGUCUCGAUCUUCAAUGCGGGAGAUGUGGAAUAG